AUGGAGGACCCGGGAGUGAUCCGAAAAUUGAGCCAGGUGGUCGUGAACCGUAUUGCGGCGGGGGAAAUCAUACAGCGGCCAGCAAAUGCACUGAAGGAGAUGAUGGAAAACAGCCUCGAUGCGAACGCAACCAGCAUCCAGAUCACGGUCAAAGCCGGAGGCUUACGUUCGCUCCAAAUCCAGGACAAUGGGACCGGCAUCCGGCGCGAAGAUUUGGCGAUCGUUUGCGAACGGUUCACCACUUCGAAGCUACAAUCCUUUGAGGACCUCUCGUCGAUCAGUACGUACGGGUUUCGGGGCGAAGCGCUGGCCAGCAUCAGUCACGUGGCGCAUCUGAAGAUCGUGACGAAGACGAAGAGCGAGCAGUGUGCCUACCAGGCGUGCUACGAGGAUGGGCGGCUAAAGGGGGAUAUCAAGCCGAUCGCCGGCAAUCAAGGCACCCAGAUAACGGUCGACGACCUUUUCUACAAUGUGCCGAUGCGCAAGCAGGCCCUCAAGACGCCGAACGAAGAAUUUCAGCGCAUCUCGGACGUGGUGAGCAAGUACGCGGUCCACAAUCCCGAAGCGUGUUUCGUGCUGAAAAAGUCCGGUGAGACGGCCGCCAUUCGGACACCAGGUCGUACGACGGUGGCGCACAACAUCGGACUCAUCUACGGGGCCACCAUCGGCAAGGCGUUGGUGCCGGUGGUUUUGAAGGAUGACGUUCUGCAGCUCACCGUGGAUGGGUACGUGACGAAUGUUAACUUCUCACACAAGAAGCCCAUCUUUCUGAUGUUUAUCAACCACCGGGCGGUCGACUGUGGAGCACUGAAGAAGGCCAUCGAAGGCAUUUACUCAGUGUACCUGGCGAAAGGCAGUUCACCGUUCGUCUACAUUUCACUGGAGCUCAAUCCAAACAAUGUGGACGUUAAUGUGCACCCAACCAAGCACGAGGUGCAUUUCCUGCACGAGGAAGAAAUCGUCGAGCGGAUAAAGUCCGCUGUAGAGCGGAUGCUCCUCGGAGGAAAUGCGGCCCGUACGUACACCCAAGCGCUGCUGCCGGGAGCCCCGGACCCAGUGCUCGAUUCCACGAAGAUGAACGAAACGGCAAGCGAGGCGGACAAACAGCCACGACUCGACUAUAAGUACGUUCGCACUAGUCACAGUGAGCAGAAACUGGAAAAGUUUUAUGGAAUGAGCCAAACGGUCGUUAAAAGCGAGCUCCAGGAUGAUCCAACCGAAGUGAGCGCACCGAAACUAACACAACCUUCGCCGUCGAGGAAGAAGAAAACUGUUAAAGAAACGCGUCUUACGAGCGUUCUCAAUCUGCGGAAGCGCGUGGAAGCGGAUUGCGAUGAGAGGUUGCGCAAAAUUUUCUGCGAACUUACGUACGUGGGUACCAUCGAUCGGGAGCAAUCUCUGAUACAGUUCGACACAAAAAUGUUCCUCACAGCUACACAACCACUGGCCGCGGAGCUGUUUUAUCAGCUGCUGGUGUUUAAUUUCGGGAACUUUGAACGACUAACCCUAUCGGAACCGUUGGAGCUACGCCGAUUGGCUCUGCUGGGGUUGGCCGAUCCAGAGUGUGGACACACGGAAGAGGAUGGUCCAGUUAAAGAGCUGGCCGAUCGGAUUGUGGAAAUACUCGUCGAAAAGGCAACUCUUCUGAAGGAAUACUUUAACCUUUCGAUACGGAGCGACGGCUACCUGGAGGCUUUGCCGGUUCUGCUCGAUAACUACAUUCCGUCGGUCGUAUUUUUGCCAAUGUACAUUCUACGGUUGGCCACUGAAGUUGAGUGGGACGAAGAGGAGGAAUGUUUCCGUACGUUUUGCCGUGAAACGGCCACGUUUUUCUCACGCAUCGCACUGACCAAACCGAACACCGAAUACCGCUGGGAGGUGGAGCACGUGAUCUAUCCGGCGGUGCGCAACUAUCUUAUUCCACCGAAAACGUUUGCGCAGAAUGCGUGCUUACUGCAGAUUGCCAACCUGCCGGAGCUUUACAAAGUGUUUGAACGCUGUUAAGAGUUUGAGUAACCUUGUUUUUAAUACGAGUA